AUGAAUAUUUUCUGGCUAUUAUUCUUUAUUAUACCAACAAUUUCAUCUGGAUGUAUUGAUAAAGAGAAACAAUGUAGGAAAUCAAACGCAACUAAACCAUGCGUCGGGUUUUACACGAAAUUUUUCGAUGGAAACGACUAUUAUUGUUGUGGUAAGAAUUGGUCAUUGGAAAAAAUAUAUUUUCUGAAAUUUAAGAUAACGAUAAAAUCUGUGGAACUAUAAUUAAUUUUGGAUGUAAACCAAUCAACAAUUUUAAGGAUAUUGAUUGUGAAACGGAUUUUUGUGCAUCUCCAAUAAAGAAAGGGGAUUCAAAUCAACAAUUUGCUGUUAAGGAAAAAGAAAGCUAUAAAGCUUGUGAUAAACCAUCGCAUUGUUCAACGGAUGAAACUUGUGAACUAGCUUCGAAUUCAAAUUGUGGUGUGGACGAAGUGCAAAAAUAUUGUUUUCGAAAAAAGUCAAACAAUUUUGAAAGAUACAAAAAUGGUUUCUUGAAUAUGUCAACUUUAGAAGGUAUGUAUGAUAUAUUAGAUUUCUCAAUAAAACAAUUUUAAGUUUCACAUUUUCAGCAUUUCCAUUCGCAUUUGUUUAUCGCGAUGAAGUUGAUACAAAUCAAAGAAUAGAAGAUCAACUCGAUUUGCUACCAAUUGGUAAGAAUAAGAAUCUACUAUAUAUAUUUUACAUGUAUACAUUUUUUCAGAUUAUAAUUCGGGGAAUAGAGCUAUGAAAAAAUGUUCGAAAAAUAAGGAUUGCGGAGAGGAUAACUUUUGUGGAAAAGCAUUCAAUGAUAAAUCAGAAAUGUUUUGCUAUUAUCGUUAGUUUCUUCUAUUUUCCAAUAUUUUCUUUUAUUUCCAGGACCAUUUGUUCCUCGAAGACGAUUUGCUGAAUGGAAACAUUCAAUCCAACCAGAUUCAGUCGAACUCAGUCUUUGUAGUGAUAUAAAAAGUUGCAAAGGAAAAAAUGAGGAAUGUUUUGAACACGGGAGAAUUAUCAAAUCUCAUUACUCAUUCUGUUUGGAAAAACGAAAUAAUAAUUUAGAAAAUGGAGCAGAUGCCUCAAUGAUAUUUAUAAUUAUUUUCUCCGUGAUUGUUGCUAUUUCACUUGUUGGUUUUAUUUCAGUUGUGAUUUGGGUUUGGGUUGAUACGAAGUUUUUGAAUGGAAAAGGAAAAGAAAAUAUGGAAGAAAUUGUCGAAGAACCAGCUGAAACUGAUACAGAUAUUGAUAAAUUGAAGGGCGAAUGA